AUGCUUAAAAUAGCAGCUGAAGGAUUAAUGCCUUGCCUGAAAGCCUGUGUUCAGGCCCCUUGGCAUUGUCACAAUAUGUGUAGAAGAAGGAUGCCAAAUGUCUUCACAGCUACACGGAAAUGUUUAUCUCAAAGUCAGGUGACACUGAAGCAAUUUUCAAUUGAAAAUUCCAAGGAAUUUGAUCAGAAGGUAAUGCAAAAUGAACAUCCUGUUGUUGUUGAUUUUCAUGCCGAAUGGUGUGAUCCUUGCACAAAACUAACUCCAAAAAUAUCCGCGAUGCUAAUCAAUUCAGAUGAAGUAGAUCUGGCCAUUAUAGAUGUGGAGAAAAAUACCGAUCUGGUGGACACAUUUGAUAUUCAUUCUGUGCCCACUGUAUUUGCCGUUCAAAAUGGUAAAAUAGUUUAUAAAUUUAUAGGUCUCGUAGAGGCAAAUAUUCUUAAAUCCAUGAUUGACAACUUGAAAAGUACAAAGUCGAAAACGGCAGACACUGCAAGCAAUUCAUCUGAUGAAGGCACGGCGUAA